AUGAGCAGCCGGCUGGAUGAUCUGAUCGGUAAACUGAGCUCACUCACAGUACGGUCGCAGGAGACUCUGCAAACCAACACAGAACUGUCUCAGACCCUCCACAACGUGCGUUGCGAGCUGGUAGCCAAUGAGAACAAAAUUGUGGAAUUGAACUCCAAGAUCGAGUCUACAACCGAAUAUUGGCACAACCUGACGUCUUUGGCCCUCAGAACUCAGCUUUUGGAGGCACAGACUUUGCGGGACGAAGAAAAUGGACUCAGUUGGCGGGCCACAGAGACUACUUUCGAAAAUCUCGAGAAAGAGUAUCGGUUCUUGAAUGGACAAUCGCCUGGAGAUCAGACCGAAAGCGACUUGGAGAACGAGUCUUCUGAUUUCAACGAGUCCAACGAGGUUUCCAUUUUCUCCAUCAACGAUCACAGCGAGAGCACCAUCGACACUGUGCGCGACGAGCACUCGGUCGUCACGGAUGGUUUCCACAAACCUGUCUUCAAGGCAGACGACGAACCAGGGUCAGAGCAAGUCUCCCCGGUGCGUGGAUUCGAUGCUCCGUAUGUGGACGCAAUUUCAGAACUAGAAGACUCUGUCCAACCAGAAUUGUCUGUGAUCAACCAGUAUGAAAAUGACUGUCCAAGUGAAAUUCUAGAGAGCGAUCGCGAAAGCGUUGACAUAGGUGCCGAGAUCAUAGAUUGGUACCGCUUGGAGCCCCGGUGUUCUGCUGUGACCAUAGGAGUGGGACGACCCGUGGUGGCGAACGCAGCCACCGAUAUGGCCAGCGGAAUGUCGUUCAAACCAAAGGGAAGCGUAGAAGCUUUGAGCACCUUGGUCAAGAAACGGGCCCCUCAAAAGCCAUUGUUACAGCAUAACUGGAUUGCCAACCUGAUACCUAAUAGCUCAUUGAUUACGAGCGAGACCGGCCGUAUCAUCGGGCAACCGGCAGCACACACAUUCCCGCGGUCGCUUUCUCGAAAUGGCGCACAUUCGACAAUGGUAAUAAAUCGAACAGGCAGAAUGGUCCAUCACGGGUCCGGCUCCGCGCUUGGAGACGUCCUCACCACCCGUGUUAGCCACGCGGCGCUUCGAGACGCACUGCAGAGUAGUUUAGAUAGUUCCAACUCAUAA